AUGGCUGCUGACCGACGAAGGGAUGUGCCGUCUGAGGAGGAUCACGAGUUCUUCAACCCAGUGCCAGAGCGAAACGCCCUGAAUUACAAUGUCCAGCUCUUGACGCCAAAGGGGGCGCUGGUCGCACUCAGAUACGUGGAGGGCCUCUUGCGGCGGCGAAGCGAGGAGCGUCCUGCCAUUCUCGGGGCCAAGUUGUACGUCAAGGUCGUGAGAAUCGAGGCUGGCAUGGUCAUCGUGGACUCACGUGGUGUGGACCAGGAUACUGGCAAGGAUCAAGAUCCGGAGCACGAGCAAGCCGAAGUGGAGGAAUGGAUUGACGUCCCGGUGGAUCUUGUAGGCCGCAUCAUUGGAAAAAAGGGGGAGCGAAUCCGCCAAAUUUGCGAUGACACUGGAGCGGACCUGCGCUUCGACGGCUCCGCGGAAGCUCAACACGGGCCAGGAGCCAACACCAAAAAGACUACAGGCGGUGCUGGAGACGACAUGCGAAAGUUUCUGGAAGCAGCGCAGGAGGAGGAUGACGAGGAUGUGGAAAUGCAGGACGGACAGCAGGAGCCAAAGGGUGGUGAUGAUCUGCGUGCAUUCCUUGAAGAGGCGAAGGCUGGAUCGGCCACCGCCGCUAGCUGCGAGGAUGAAAAGCAGGAGGAUGAGGACGAGGCAGAGGACUUUGCUGAAGAUCUCGCCGCAUUUCUUCAGGAGGUCAAGAAUGACAGUACCGGCUCAACCGAUCCGACUCCAAAGGGGCGCAGAAACUUUGUGCCGGCCGUGGAGUUCGUGGCAUACAGCCUCGAGAAUUGGGAUGAGAUGCUGUACCGCAAGAUGGGAGAGGCUGGCGUCACUUUGGUGUACCCAGAAAACCUCACCAUCAUUGACAAGGAGGGGAAUGCCGUGGAGAUCGCCAAAGGCCUGCGCCAUCGCCACUUCCCCAUUCGCGUCCGCUACAUCCUCACAUCUGACACCUACGCACCUGAGAAGGCUUCGCGGAAGGACGACACCGGGCCUGAGGAGGCUGUGGCUGAAGAACCUGCGGAAGCCGCCGAGGAAGGUAAAAACAGCAAGGCUGCGGCAAAGCCUUCCACACCCAGGCCUGAAGCCGUCUGCAUCACCGGUGCUGCCAACCUGACCAGGAUACACCUGGACGAGGUGCUCGAGGCAAAGAGCCUGCCGCAGAUGCAGUCGCUGGAGCAUAUCAGCAAGUCCAGCGUGGUUUGCGUCUUCAGUUCAGCGACCGAUGCCAAAGUGGUAUUGGACAGUCUGGAGAAAGGUUUCAGCGACGUACGUCAAGGUGCCCAGGAGGGUCCCGGAAUUUACCGCGCUCGUCAUGGCCAUCUGAAGUACAGGAUGGCCACAAGCACCGAUGUGAAGGCCAAGACGAAUCGUUUCAAAGAGGCGCCGAAGAAGGUUUACCAGCGACUUCGCAUUAACGGCGACGCGAAGGAAGUGAGGCAAGCAAAGAAGAUUGUCCUGGAUUUCUUGGAUGAGUUUAGUGGGCCUGCACACGGGAUGCGCGGCAAGUUUAGCGAAAGGUUCCUUCGAGGCAUCGAGGAUGUCGAGGAAUCCUUCGAGGUCCCGCAGGGGAAGAUCGGCCGACUCAUCGGCAAGGGCGGUGAGAACAUCAAGAAAAUGGAGGAGUCCAGCGGAGCUCGCUUGCGAGUCCUCCCAGCGGCAGAUGAAGGGGAACAGCGGCUCCUGGUCUCUGGUGCGCCGGACAAAGUGGAGAAGGCCAAGGAGCUGCUGAGUUCCUUCAUCCCCGCACUGAGCUCGUUCGAGCCUACGGCAUCAGGUGUGCCCGAACGGAGACGCCUCAAGGAGGCUGAGGCAGAGGAGGCUCCCAGCGAGGGAGACGAACUGCGAGGUCGCCGACACAGGGCGGCGGAGGCUCUCGAAUCGGCGGGCCGGCGCGGAAACCGUGAUGAGGGCCGAAGCGAACGGCCCAAGAGCCGCGACAGCUCUACAUCCAGCGGCACGCGCGUGAAACGCCUCCGCGAGAAGAAACGCGCCAUCAGCCUGCAGGAGUACCAGGCCAUGAUGAAAAAGCAGAAGCAGCUGGACGCUGCUGCAGCCCGCGCUGAGGAGGCCGCCCAAGCUGCGGCAGCCUUUGCCCGACGUGCGGCAGAGGAAGAGAAACAGAAGCAGGAGGCAGCGGCCUUGGACAACUACGACUGGGAGGAGGAGACGGGUCCUUCUGCCGCCAUCGGUCGCUUUGCGCUGACAAGCUUUGGAGCUGGUAAAGUGUCCCGCACCGUCGUCAACCCUGCUGGCCGACGAUUCGUCAACUUUCAGCUGUUGGCGGGUGGAGUUGUGCAGGUGCCGCAGGCCACAGCUCGCCUGUGGCUCGCAGCCGUUGAAGGUGCCCUUGGCGCUAAGGUUUCUGCUCCACGGCCGUGGGACGAGCAGAUGGAUGGGAAAGGACUGCAGGGCGCCCCUGGAGCCUUCCCCGUCGACACGACACGACUGUCAGGAAGGCCACCGCCGCCUGCAGGCGCUUCCUGGGUCAUCUCGGAGGCAGAAGCGCAAGGACGUCGUUUGGCGUUCCGCCUAGCCUCGCCAGCCGAACUCUUCCCUCGCUUUGUGGAUGCCUCACAACUAUCGCGCUGGCCGCGGGCAGAGAGUGUCAUCUACUUGGUCGAGCUUUGCACCACGCCUCAGUCAGUUGGUCAUGUCGCUCCAUUCCGGCAUGACUAUCGGAAGUCGGACAAGAGCUUUGCGAAGGGUGACACCUUGAUUGUUGAAGGCUGCCGCCCAGGACUGCAGGAUCUGGGUGUCGUGAAGAAGGUGCUGCACGGGGACAAAGGUGCCAAAGUAGCAGCACUGGUUGCAGCAAAGAAAGAUGGUCCAGAGUCUACUGGUACUCUUGGCUUGGCCUUCCAAAGGAGCGGGGCCACGGAGGCAAAGCGACGCGAGGGGCUGGCAUCGCUGGAGCGCAUGGUGCUGCCUUUGUUGGCCGCGCGGCUACCAGCUGGUACGAGAGCCCUCGGCGUCGGUGCGUCGCUGGAUGGAACCUUCCUGCGGUUUUUCCUACAUCUCGCCGGUCAGUCCGAGCAGGAGCUGAGUGCGGCUUCUUCUGGAGCUGCCGCAGCUGCCGCUGCAGUGGGUGCCAUGCUGGGUUGUCAGACCGAGGUGCUCGCCUCCUCCGGGCCGCUGCCGGAGCCCACGGAGCCGGCUCCGACCGACAAGGAGCAGCCGGAGCAGAAGAAGAAAGCAAAGCCUGCGAAGGAGAAGACCAAGACCGGCAGCGCUGCCAAGAAAAGGACGAAGGAGAAGAAAGCUGCAGAGAAAGAGUCGUCCUCCGAAAGCUCAGAGUCUUCUUCUGACGACUUCCUUCUUGCCAUGGCCAAGAGAGGUGACCGAGCUCUGGCAAGGAUAGCACAAGUUGAAGAGAAGCCAACCUGA